GGAGGGAGACGGCAACUCCAAUACACACAAUUUUGUACAUACGUUCCUGUUCCAGUUUUGACCCUUGAGAAGGUUUAAGCCUGACAUGCUGAAAUGGAGGCAAAGACUGUGAUUAUUGUUGCAAUCUUAAGUACUGCUGCGAGGUCAGCUGAGGUAUUCAAAGAACAACACAAUGUCAAGAUUAUCUCGUUGAAAUGGGGGGAUUCCUUGACCAUCCAAUGCUCCACCACUAAAGACAACUACGAUGGGCUAUAUUUACUCGGGGGCCUUGAUGAAGACACAGAGGUAUUCUUCCUGUACAAGAAAAGCAAGAAACUGACAAUUGGGAAGAAAUACAGUAGCAGAGUGAAGACAGAAGGAGAGGUGAACAAACUCACCAUCACCAUCGCCAAUAUGACUGAGGACGACUCUGGUGUUUACUGGUGCAAGUACAGAUACUUAAAUGAGGAAACAGGCAAUACAGACAGGGCUGAAGGCAAUGGUUCCAGGCUGGUAGUGGUGCGUGGUGCGUAUAAGCCAUGCCCUGAUGGUGAUGGGACACCAGCGAUGACUCUCACCCUGGUGACAGUCACUGCAAUCUCUGCUGGCUCUGUGUUCCGGUUAUGUGUGGUCAUCAUUUUCAUCUGGGUGGUCCCCAGGAUAAAGAUGUCCCGUCAGACCAGUGAGAUACAUGCUCUUCACCAGGUGGUGCUCCCCAUUGCCAGACCAGAAGAUACUGGAAUCUAAUCAAAGACUAUAAAACUGGUUCAUCAGCCAAGCC